AUGGAGGAAGAUCGUGUAAAGUAUUCCGGUUUCGAUACGCAAAACGUCAUACCGAAAGCGGUGAAGAAUUCGGAACGAUUGUCGAGCACAAUUCUUACAUUCUACGUAGCUACAACGUUUAUGUAUACGAUUUUUACACUAUCUGCACCACGAUUCAGCGAAACUCGAUCUUUUAUCUUGAAUAUGGACCUGCCUUUCGAUGCCACCGAAUCGCCAAAAUACGAGCUCGUGAUAAUUGCACAAAUUAUUCAUUUGAUGCUGACUGGAUACGCGUAUGGUGUUUUUACUGCUCUCCUUUUGAUGUUGAUAAUUCACACAGGAUGUCACGUCGAUGUGCUGUGCAAUAUAAUAACGGAUAUAGCAUCUUUUAAAGACGAGGAACAAUUCCGAUUCGUUACUACGAGGCAUCAAGAAAUCAUUGACUUUUCAGAGCAAAUUGAAAAAAUUUUUACCUAUAUAUCCUUCGCCCAGCUUCUGACAAACACUGCAGUUUCAUGUUGUUUAGGAUACAUUACUGUAACAUCAUUGCAUGACGAAAAUGCAUUACCGGAAUUGUUUAAGGCCGGUUUUGGCUAUAUUGCAAUCUGCAUAGAAAUAUUUACGUAUUGUUUUGCUGGGGAAUAUCUGAACAAUAAGAAUGACAUGAUUGUUGAUGCAAUAUACCAAAUGACUUGGUAUAACUUGCAGCCUUCUACGAGUCGACAAGUUGUACUUUUACUUGUAAGAUCUCAGAAAGGCUUGCGACUGACUUUUGGAAAAUUUUCAACCCUUAGUUUCGAAACCUUCACCUGGGAUUUAUGUUCGUUACAGGCGCUUACUUCACAUAUUAUGGUGCUGUACCUUUAG